AUGGACCGUCCGCAAGAGCCGCCUACCGCCGGCGGUACACCUCCUUCGGGCGCGGUGGUUGAUGUCCCCGUCGGAGGUCCGCCGACCGCCGGCGUCGUGUCGGCCAUGAUCGCCUCCACCAUCCCGUCGAAGAGGAAGAGGAUCCCGAAGCAAUUUUUUGAAGCAUCUGCGGCGGCCGCCGAUUCACCGGGCGAAGCGCCACCGGCUGCCAAGAAGGCGGGCCGGAUGAAGACCAAGGCGGCCGGGCCGAGGGGCGCCGCGCCGGCCAAGGUGCGGACAAAGGCAAUCAGCCGCAUCGGCCUCGCGCCUCCACCGCCCUCCAAGGUCACGAGCCCUUCUCCGAGGAAGGCUAAUCCGGCCAAAUACGCAGGGAAGGUGCUGCCGGCUUACCCUCGCCACUUCCCUGAUCCCAUCCUAUUCUCCACCUCGAUACUCCUCCCGUCCUCCAGCUAG